UUACCUAAUAAAUUUCAGAGUAUUUCUUGGAAGACUGCAUUCAGAUGCUGAAUUUUGUUCCACCACCAAGUACUAGAAAGAAGAAACGGGACGAAGAAACUCUUGAUACGGAUGAACCAGAUGAAAAUUUGAACAAAGUAAUUGGACCUGAUUAUACUCCUAGCACUAAGCAAGCUAUGGCAUCACUAAGUGAAAAGGAAUUAUCUUUUGAGUUAAUUGAAGCCCUGCUGUCAUAUAUUAAAGGUUUGAAUGUACCAGGAGCUGUUUUAGUCUUUCUUCCUGGCUGGAAUCUUAUAUUUGCUUUAAUGCGUCACCUUCAACAACAUCCAACUUUUGGCACACCUCAGUAUUGCAUUUUACCUUUGCAUUCUCAAGUUCCAAGGGAAGAUCAGCACAGGGUAUUUGAACCUGUUCCUAGCGGUGUUACAAAGAUAAUUUUAGCCACAAACAUUGCAGAAACAAGUAUCACUAUUAAUGAUGUAGUUUAUGUCAUUGAUUCAUGCAAAGUUAAAAUGAAGUUGUUUACAUCUCACAAUAACAUGACUAACUAUGCAACGGUAUGGGCUUCUAAAACAAACUUGGAGCAAAGAAAGGGCAGAGCUGGUCGUGUAAGGGCAGGUUUUGCUUUUCGUCUCUGCAGCCGUGCUAGAUUUGAAAAGAUGGACAACUAUACAACUCCAGAAAUAUUUCGUACUCCUUUACAUGAAAUAGCACUAGCUAUAAAACUGCUUCGGCUUGGGGAUAUUGGCAAAUUUCUUUCUAAAGCUUUAGAACCACCUCCAAUUGAUGCAGUAAUUGAAUCAGAAGUUCUAUUAAGAGAAAUGGGGGCUUUGGAUAGAUAUAGUGAACUGACACCUCUUGGGAAAAUUCUUGCUCGCUUACCUGUUGAACCAAGACUUGGAAAAAUGCUUGUAUUGUCUUGCAUAUUUUCGUUUGGAGAUCCUCUGUGCACUGUGGCAGCUCACAGCAGCACUUUCCCUGAACCUUUUGACACUCCAUAUCCUAAAAGAUUGGCUUAUGUACAUAGGAAGUUCUGUGGUAGUAGAUAUAGUGAUCAUUUGACAAUGUUGAAUGCCUUUAUUCAGUGGGAAGAUGCUCAUAUGCAAGGGGAAUAUAUAGAAAAAUCAUUUUGUGAACGCUUUUCCUUGGCUCUACCUACUCUGCGGAUAACACAUGAUGCAAGGAAUCAACUGAAAGAUCUAUUGAUUGCUGCUGGAUUUCCUGAGCCAUCCCUUGCGGCACAUUCAUAUUAUUUUGAAGGUCCUGAUUCCAAAUUAGAUGUGAUUGUAGCUCUUUUAUCAAUGGGCCAUUACCCAAAUGUUUGUUAUCAUAAGGAAAAACGUAAAGUGAUCACUACUGAAGGAAGAGCUGCUCUGAUUCACAAGUCUUCUGUUAACUGUACCAAUUUGCCUCCGAAGUUUCCAUCCCCUUUUUUUGUUUUUGGAGAAAAGAUUCGAACCAGGGCUGUGUCAUGCAAGCAGAUGACAAUGAUUACACCCAUUCAUCUUUUAUUGUUUGGGUGCAAGAAAGUUGAAUAUGUAAACGACUGUGUUCAAGUGGAUCGAUGGAUUAAUUUAAAAAUGCCAGCUCGAGAUGCUGCCAUCAUUGUGGCUCUGCAACCUGUUAUAGAAGAUUUAAUUACUCAAGCAGCUGUUGAUCCAGAGUCUUUAAGUGAACCACUUCCUAUAAAUUCCAAGAUUGUGGAUCUGAUAAGAAGGUUGUGUGAUAUAAAUGCUGGAAAAUAUAAUGCAGAUAAUCCUGAAAGUGAUGGAAUGAAUAGCUAUAGUAGUGGAGGGCCACCAAUGAAGAGAGCUCGUUUAAGUGCUGGUAUUGCUGGAGGAGGUCUACCAAGAGGAUAUUCUGCAAGUGGACGGUUUACUAGAGGUUCCAGUUAUGGAAGUCGUGGUGGGGGAGGCUACGGUAGUAGAGGUGGAGGAUUCGGGAACAGAGGAGGUGGAAAUUUUCAAGGAGGUCAAGGUAGUUCUGGGGGAUAUGGAAACAGAGGUGGAGGUUAUGGCCAAAAUGAUAGUUCAUUUGGUGGUAGUUCUGAUGGAGGAUGGAAGAGUGGAAAUCAGUUUGGAAAUUCUGGUUUUAAUCGUGGUGGUGGAGGAAGAGGUAAUUUUGGUGGUGGUGCAGGAAGAGGAGGCUAUGGUGGAGGUGCUGAUAGAGGAAACUAUGGAGGAGCUGGAGAAGGAAAUUAUGAUGGAAGUGCUGGAAGAGGAAAUUAUGGUGGAGGUGCUGGAAGAGGAAAUUAUGGAGGAAAUCAAAAUUCGGGAUAUAGAGGCAGAGGAAGCUAUGGUGGAAGUUAUACAGGCCAUGGAGGCUAUGGUAGGGGAUACAAUAAUCAGAAUAAUUCUGGUUAUAAUGAUCAAGGCUGGUAACUACUCAGAUGACAAAAAACUGAGAAAAUUAUUGUUAAAUUCGACAGUUUUGAUUAUGCAGUCACUUAUUUUACUAGAAUGAAACAGCACCUAUGCUAAUAAAAUUUGGAAACAACUUGCUGUAAAUAGGACUAAAUAGGUGAAUUUGUAUGUGCUCAUUUUUACAUUUCAUCUCUCUCUCUUUUCCCGAUGUGUAUAGUGUUGGCUUUUGUAGUUUAAAUAGCCAUUCAGCGAUAUCAAGAACCUUUGUAUAUUUUCUCAAUUUAUAAAUAAAGUAUUUAAGUGAA